AUGACAGAUUCUGGAGAACCUUCAGAGACUCCAUCAAGACGAUCAAAUGUGGAGCUUCCGACCAAGAGAAGACGAACUUUGAGAUCAAGAGGCAAAACUAAUCAGAAUGUGAAUGAAGAGGUCGUAACUGUCGAUCCGCCGCAGGUUGUUGAAGCAGAAGACAGAAAUAAUAAUCAAGUGGAAAAGGACCUGAUUGUAACUGAUGAAUCUCUGCCAGUCUCGGACAAACCAGAAAAUCAAGUUCAGGAUGUCGAUAAGAAGAGUCUUGCAGGUGGUGAUUACGGAAGUUAUCAUUUACAGCUUCGGGACGACGACAAGACUGAGCAAGUAGGAUCUCCUUCGACAAAGGAAAUUGACGAAAAACGAGAAAUUCCCCCGUCCAAGCACGAACCUACAUCUACUUUAUACAUAAAAAACUUUGUGAGACCUUUCACCGUUAUUAUGGUUCGCGAGCUUCUGGAUAGAUUUGGGAAAGUGGAGUUCUUCUGGAUGAAUAAGAUCAAGUCACAUUGUUUUGUGCAGUACGAGACGGUCGAUUCGGCAGCUAAAGCACGGCAGACUCUUUGGAAUGUGCAAUGGCCACAUGAAACAGUAUCGAUGGCGAAUGGAAUCACAAUAAAUCUGUUAAUGGUAACUGCAUUGCCUGUUCAUAAUUGA